AGCUGUCAGUGUCAUUGCGGUAGUGUCAUUUCCGGUUCCAUCCUCUUCGCUUGGGAGAAAAAAAGUGCUCCGUGUUUUUCUGGUAAAAAAGCCAAAAAUAAUUUGCAAAAAUACGCAGAAAUUGUGCAGAAAGACACAAUUUUCAUUAAUUGAACAAGUUCUAUUGUGGAAAAGUUGGAAAAAUGUCUCAGGGCGACAGUCAAAACGGCUCCCACUGGAUUGAGGACCACGAGGAGGCAUACGAUGGUGAAUUUCAGGGUGAUACGCACGAGCUGGAGCACCUCCGGAAGCUGUUUAUCGGUGGGCUGGACUACAGAACGACGGAUGAAUCGCUGAAGGCGCAUUUUGAGAAAUGGGGCAAGGUUGUGGAUGUUGUCGUCAUGAAGGACCCCAAAACGAAGCGUUCCCGUGGCUUUGGCUUCAUCACCUACUCCCGCGCCUACAUGGUGGACGAUGCUCAGGCAGCGCGCCCCCACAAAGUCGAUGGACGCGUCGUGGAGCCCAAAAGGGCAGUUCCGCGGCAGGAUAUUGUGCGUCCGGAUGCGGGGGCGACGGUGAAGAAACUCUUCGUGGGGGGGCUCAAGGAUGAGCACGAUGAGGAGAAUCUGAGGGAGUACUUCUCCAAGUUUGGCUCAGUCAUGUCCAUCAAUGUUCUCACGGACAAGGAGACCGGCAAGAAGCGUGGCUUUGCUUUUGUGGAGUUUGAUGACUACGAUCCCGUGGAUAAAGUUGUCUUGCAAAAACAACAUAGUAUCCGGAACAAGUUGCUGGACGUGAAGAAAGCCCUGUCGAAGCAGGAAAUGGAUCGCAAUCAGGCAUCUGUGGGGGGACGCGGUGCAAGUGGUGGGCGUGGGAAUAUGGGCGGUGGGAGCGGGGGUGGAAGCAGCCGCGGGCAGAACUGGAGUAGAAAUAUGUCAAACAAUGACAAUUGGUCCAAUGGUGGCUACGGGGGCGGCUACGGCAAUCAGGGAGGCAAUGGCAGCUGGAGCAACCAGAUGAAUCCAUGGGACAAUGGACAAAGCCAAGGUGGCUGGAGUCAGGGCGGUGGCAGCUACAAUUCCGGAGGUGGCAACCAGGGUGGGAACUGGGGCAAUGAUAACUUUGGUGGGGGCUACCAACAGAGCUACGGCGGCGGACCCAUGCGUGGGAAUUACAAUCAAGGUGGCAACAGGAUGAAUCCCUAUGGGAACAACAUGGGAGGAGGUGGAGGAAAUUACGGCAUGAACGGAUACAACAGUAAUCAAGGCUAUGGAUCCUCCAACAUGAUGGGGGGCGGUAGCAGCAUGGGUGGAAAUCGACGAUAUUGAAAUUUGGUUCAGCUAUUGGUUCAAUAGGCUGACGAAUAAAGAAAUAAUAGAGAAUAGCUAAACUCUAGAAAAACAAAGGCAGGAGCAUCUCAAGAAAAAUAAAAGUCAGAUGAAUGUAGGCAGAGCGAGAUUUGACAAGAAUGAGAAGUGAGGUCGAGGCAGACAAGAUGGGGAGAUUUUCGCGUAGAGGCGUAUAAAAUAUAUAAAUAUAUUUAGUUUAAAAACGUAUUUAAUACUAUAUUUAGAUAUAAAGAAAAACUAGAGACUAUAUUAUGUAUGUAGUUUUAACACUUUAGAUGGUAUUUCUCAUAAAAAUACUUUUUAAAUGAAAAAAAAAACAAAAAUUAAUAGACUUUGGAAAUGAAAAGAAAUUAUUAAAAUUUAUUUUUUUUAUCCCCUUAAAACAUGUCCAUAUUUUUUCUUUUUUUUUUUCUUAUCACAAAUUCUCCAAAUUGUGGUAGAAGAGAUUACAAAAAAUAAAGAUGAGAGAACAAAAACAAACAAAAUAUCAGAUUAGAUAUUUUCUAAAAGCAGGAAAAAGAAAAGGAUUUAUUAUUUGUACUAUUUAAAAUGACAAAAACAAACAAAAUAAAAUAAAUAAUAAAUAUUAAGAUAAAAAAAUAUAGUAGAAAACGUAUCCAUAAAAAAUACAUUUUAUAUUUCUCAAAUAAUUUAACUAAAAACUUUUUUAUAUAACAAGAAAAAAAUCGUGGCAAUUCUUUGAGAUAUAUAUAUUUUUUUAAAACAUUCUUUCACGUUCGUUUGCAUUUUCCACACAUCACCUCUUUUAUUUAAAAAAGAAAAAAAACUAAAUAUUUGAAUUUUUUUCAUACAAAAUCUGUAUUUAGAUGCAAAACAAAACAAAUAAUAAAAAAAUAGAGAAAAAGAAAUUUAGAAAAAUGAAAGAAUUAUUAGUUAUUAAAAGAUAAAAGAAAACACAAAAGAUAACACAUCAAAUCAAAUUAAUUUAUUGUAUUGAAAAGAAGAGAAGAAAAAGUAGCUAAAAGAAAAAAGAUUAUAUCUUUGUGAAAAGAAUUUCAGUUUAUGUGAAAUUUAAACAAUAGAACAAAAAAUAAGAGAAUGUAGUUCACGAGGAAAUUAUAAAACAUGAUAGAGUAUUAUGAAUAAAAUAUAGAAUAUUAUUCUCUAAA